CAAAGCGAGCAAGAACAGUUGGGCGGCAUUAUGUUUCUAAUAGCCAUUGCCAUUAUCUUGGGCACCAUUUUGGUGUUCAAGGGUGUAAGGAUAUUCAACUACAUAGACCACAUGGCUGGCAUCAUGGAGAUGAUCCCAGGACCCACGCCAUACCCCUUCGUGGGUAAUCUGUUCCAGUUUGGUCUUAAGCCAGCCGAAUACCCCAAAAAGGUCCUGCAAUAUUGUCGAAAAUACGACUUCCAGGGAUUUCGCUCCCUGGUCUUCCUGCAGUACCACAUGAUGCUGAGUGAUCCGGCGGAAAUUCAGAACAUCCUGUCGAGCUCAUCACUGCUGUACAAGGAGCACUUGUACUCCUUUUUGAGGCCCUGGCUGGGCGAUGGCCUACUCACCAGUUCCGGUGCCCGCUGGCUGAAGCACCAGAAGCUCUACGUCCCUGCCUUCGAGCGUUCGGCCAUCGAGGGUUACUUGCGGGUGGUCCACCGAACGGGCGGACAGUUCGUCCAGAAACUCGACGUACUGUCGGGUACGCAGGAAGUCUUCGAUGCCCAGGAGUUGGUGGCUAAGUGUACCCUGGAUAUUGUGUGUGAAAACGCCACUGGCCUGGACAGCAGCUCGCUGAAUGGAGAGCCCUCGGAUUUGCAUGGCGCCAUCAAGGACUUAUGCGACGUGGUUCAGGAGCGCACCUUCAGCAUCGUGAAGCGGUUCGACGCCCUCUUCCGCCUUACCUCCUACUACAUGAAGCAGCGCAGGGCUCUAUCGCUGCUGCGCAGCGAACUGAAUCGGAUUAUCUCGCAACGGCGACAGCAGUUGGCUGCGGAAAACCCGUGCCAUCAGGGCCAGCCAAUCAACAAACCCUUCCUGGACGUCCUGCUGACCGCCAAGCUCGAUGGGCGAGCUCUCAAGGAGCGCGAGAUAAUCGAGGAAAUGUCCACUUUCAUAUUUACGGGCCACGAUCCCCUAGCCGCUGCAAUAUCUUUCACGCUGUACACGCUUUCCCGUCACCCGGAGAUUCAGGAAAAAGCUGUCGAGGAACAGCGGCGCAUCUUUGGCGACAACUUAUCGGGGGAGGCGAACUUGGCUCGACUGGAUCAGAUGCAUUUUCUAGAGCUGAUUGUCAGAGAGACGCUGCGCUUGUAUCCUUCUGUCCCACUGAUUGCUCGAACAAACCGCAAGCCCAUCGAUAUCAAUGGCACCAAGGUGGCCAAGCGCACCACGGUGAUCAUGUGCCUUAUUGCCAUGGGCUACAACGAAAAGUACUUCGACGAUCCCUGCACAUUCCGGCCUGAGAGGUUCGAGAACCCGACUGGAAACGUGGGCAUCGAGGCUUUCAAGAGUGUUCCAUUUAGUGCAGGUCCAAGGCGCUGCAUUGCUGAAAAGUUUGCCAUUUACCAGAUAAAGGCUCUGAUCUCCCAGCUGCUGCGCCGCUUUAAUAUUCUGCCUGCUGUAGAUGGACUUCCUCCGGGAAUCAACGAUCAUUCCCGCGAGGAUUGUGUCCCUCAGAGCGAGUACGAUCCUGUGUUGAAUAUUCGUGUCACGCUUAAAUCUGAAAAUGGUAUCCAGAUCAGGCUUAGAAGACGAUGACUUCAAUCAGCCACUUUUACAAAAAGCCACCUUAUUACUUGAUUGUAUUAUACUUCAUUUACUAGACACAAUACAAAAUAAAUUGGUUUAAUUUAAGCUUUUACU